CACCGCCUCUCUUCCUGCGGCGGGUGCGACGCGAGCUUGGGCGCCGGCAGCUUGGAGACUAUGGCGGUUCCUCCGGCGUCCCUCUCGGGACGGGACGUAGGAUCAUUCGCAUAUCUUACAAUUAAAGACAGAAUACCACAGAUCUUAACCAAAGCUAUUGAUACAUUGCAUCGACAUAAAAGUGAAUUUUUUGAGAAACACGGAGAGAAAGGCACAGAAGCUGAAAAGAAAGCAAUUUCUCUUCUUUCUAAAUUACGAAACGAAUUGCAAACAGAUAAACCAAUAAUCCCCUUUGUUGAGAAGUUUGUUGAUACUGACAUAUGGAAUCAGUACCUAGAAUAUCAACAGAGUCUUAUAAAUGAAAAUGAUGGGAAACCCAGGUGGUUUUAUUCACCUUGGUUGUUUGUAGAGUGCUACAUGUAUCGUAGAAUUCAUGAAGCAAUUAUCCAAAGUCCACCAAUCGAUGACUUUGAUGUAUUUAAAGAAUCCAAAGAGCAAAAUUUCUUUGAGUCCCAGGAAUCUAUCAUCGCUUUGUGUACUCACCUACAAGAGUUGAUAAAAACUAUCAAAGACCUGGAUGAAAAUCAGCUGAAAGAUGCAUUUUUCAAACUUCUUCAGAUUUCACUGUGGGGAAAUAAGUGUGAUCUAUCCCUAUCGGGCGGGGAAACCAGUUCUCAGAUAACCAAUAUAAUAAAUUCUGUGGAGGAACUAAAACCUUUCAUUUUAGUGAAUGACAUGGAACACCUUUGGUCACUGCUUAACAACUGCAAGAAAGCAAGAGAAAAAGCGUCUGUCACUAGAGUUGAUAUUGUUCUGGACAAUUCUGGGUUUGAACUCAUUACGGAUUUAGUCUUAGCUGACUUUUUGCUGUGCUCUCAACUGGCUACUGAGAUCCAUUUUUAUGGAAAAAUUAUUCCGUGGUUUGUUUCUGAUACGACUAUCCACGAUUUUAACUGGUUAAUCGAGCAAAUGAAAGAUUCUGAUCACAAGUGGAUGGCCAGGUGCGGGGCCAGCUGGGAAAACUAUAUUACAACGGGCAGAUGGGUUUACCACGAUCAUAUGUUUUGGACUCUUCCUCACGAAUUCUGGGUCAUGUCUCAGGUCGCCCCUGACCUUUAUGCUGAACUACAAAAGGCACAGUUAAUUUUGUUCAAGGGGGAUUUGAACUACAGGAAGCUGACGGGCGAUAGGAAGUGGGGGUUCACCAUUCCGUUCCACCAGGCCCUGGCCGGCUUCCACCCUGCCCCGCUCUGCAGCGUGAGGACACUGAAGGCCGAGGUGCAGGUGGGGCUGCGGCCCGGCCAGGCCGAGCAGCUGGCAGCCUGCGAGCCCAGCUGGCUGACCACUGGGAAGUAUGGGGUAUUCCAGUUUGAUGGUCCGCUCUGACCUGCUGUAGAAACCCUCAAGUUGUACGGAAAACCUGACAGACGCUUGGCACCCCCAGCAAGGCAGGUGCGGGUUUGGUCGCGAUGCCGCUGUGCGUGGCGGUGGGGAGCUUGGCUUCUCGGUGCUCGUGAACGUGUGCUCUGGACGCCUUUCUCUUGGAGCGCUUCGCCCCACCGUGUUAUCUGGGGGGUAGAAGGAGUAAGCUAGUUCCAGAGAGUCACAUUUAUGUUGGCAUUUUAGUGUCUUUCGAGUUCAAUUCGUAAUGUCAAGUGGUAUUCAUGAACUUAUUUUUAAUUGGGCAGAAAGUAAAAUAUAAGUGAAUUCUGCAUUUAAAGUUUGUCAACAUUCUUUUGAUGCUAUGCUGCAUGGUAUUUAAUAUUCUAGGAGAGCAUGGGGUUUUAUUUGGCUUGUUUUGAGGGCUCUAAAAAGAAGGGCUCUGGGAAAACAUUUUAAAUAUGCUUUGAAAAGAGGCAUUUCUUACAGCUGUGAUAUUUGAACAGUGAAAGUAAAGAUUACCUCGUAAGUUAAUUUUCAGUUUUGUUUUCCUUGAAUUUUAUUUCCUUUUAAAUGCUCUAUUUUAUUUGCAUGCAUUUGUAUUUCAAUUGACUUGCGGAAUGGACAGCAGGAAACCCAAAAUUGAACUGGUAUUUAACUGUGAUACCUUUUACAUUCUAUUUGCAAUAUCCAUGAUCAACUGAACUGUAUUAUUUUAACACAUAAGUGCUUUAAAUGAACAGAUUUUUAGAUUGUUCUGCAGUUUUUAAAAAAAUGCUUUAGAUCACAAAGAUUCUUGUGCAUUGAAUUUGGAGUACUUCCCAACAAGUUAAUUUUUUACAUGCUUACACUUUCUGGUGACCACUUGAUCUUGAAGACUAAAAGUUUCAGGUCAGUUUGUUUUGAAACUGAAAUCAGAAAUAAACCUGAAAUGUUUUCUUGAACUGGUAUAAUAAAAUGAAUUGUAUUGAAACU